AUGGCGUCGUUAGACCAUAUCGAAGCGCUCACAAAAGUGGUGUUGAACAAUCUGGAAUACCAACACGACUGGACAAGAGUACAACAGCACAUCCAACACACCCUCCCGAGGCCACUCAUUUACGGCCUCCCUCCAAAGCGCCUCUACGUGCACCCGGAUGAGCAGAUCGACAUCAUCAAGGCGGAGAAGGAGUGCGGAGAGAGCAUUCCUCAAGAACCCGAGGUCGAAUGGGUCCUACCACUCCACCUUUCCGAGAAGUGGUCGCCUGCUCAGUUCGCCGCGGUAUUUGACGCCAUCGAGGCUAUCCCGCCGGGCGGAGGAGACCUGGAUGCGGCCGACGAGGUUGGCGAGGAGGAGCAAUGGAGGCUUUGGAGGGGGCCGAAGCGUGGGAAGCGGAUCUUGCUGGCGACCGUCCAGGACGACUCGACGGUCACCUACUACUGGAUUUUUGACGGCCUUGUCAAGCCGAGGCAGAACUGA